AUGCGCACGCGAUGUUGGAGCUUACUGAUGUUCAACCCCCGUCGCGCAUGGAUAAUGGUGGUCUGGGCUGUCCUGCUGUCGCUAUGGCUCACGCUGGCCCAAGGCAUGCGAGACUACCAAAUCAAGGAACUCAGACAGGAUACCGAGCGCAUGUUCUACCAUGGAUUCGAGAACUACCUAAACCACGCCUUUCCCGAAGACGAAUUGCGCCCGUUGACCUGCGGCCCAUUAACUCGCGACGAGAAGAACACCGAGCACAAUGACGUCCUCGGAAACUACUCCCUGACACUGAUUGACAGCCUGUCAACCCUGGCGAUCUUGUCGUCGAGUCCCGAGAGCGGCGAUCGCUCGCUGUCACAUUUUCAGAGUGGUGUGAAGGAUUUUGUAAGGCUGUAUGGCGAUGGAUCGCAGGGCCCUGCUGGUCAGGGAGAAAGAUCGAGGGGUUUUGAUAUCGAUAGCAAGGUGCAGGUGUUCGAAGUGGUGAUCCGAGGACUCGGUGGACUGCUCAGCGCACACUUAUUCGCCGUCGGCGAACUUCCCAUCGCCGGAUACAACCCGCCGCAACAAGAGGCCGAUUACGCUGGCACGUGGGACAAGACAUCGCUUUCGAAAGAGGAUCAUGGCAUUGUAUGGGAGGAUGGAUUCGUCUAUGAUGGUCAGCUCCUUCGUCUGGCGGAUGAUCUCGCGCGUCGUCUGCUCCCUGCAUUCUAUACGGACACCGGUCUUCCUUACCCUCGAGUCAAUCUGCGACAUGGCAUUCCGUUCUACGAGAAUUCUCCGUUGAAUACCAAGUACGGCAACAAAAAAGAAAAAGAAAAGGAUAAAAAGAGAAAGUACGCCUACAUGUCUUCAUCCGAUAUUACGGAGACGUGCAGCGCCGGUGCUGGAAGCCUAGUCCUCGAAUUCACCGUCCUGAGCAGGCUCACGGGGGAUGGUCGAUUCGAGGAGCUGGCAAAGAGAGCAUUCUGGGCAGUUUGGGCACGUCGGAGUGAGAUCGGACUUGUUGGGUUUGGUAUCGAUGUCGAAUCCGGGAAAUGGGUUGGACCGUAUUCUGGAAUUGGUGCUGGAAUCGACAGCUUUUUCGAAUACGCCUUCAAAUCCCACGUCCUUCUUUCCGAGGGAGAACGUCCAAACUUCAAUUCAUCGAGCCCUUGGUCCAUCCUGGAUGACCACUACCUGCCUUUGACACAGGAUCAACACUCCGCCGAUGCUUUCCUUCAGGUUUGGGAAGACUCGCAUGCCUCGAUCAAUCGCCAUCUCUACCGUGGUGAGGGAUAUCAACAUCCUCACUUGGUUGUGGGAGAUGUGGCCACUGGCGCUACACGAGCUUUUUGGAUUGAUAGCUUGAGCGCGUACUAUCCGGGGUUACUUGCCCUGGAUGGAAAAGUGGACGAGGCUAUUCAGAUUCAUCUGCUCACCACUGCAGUCUGGACACGCUAUUCGGCUCUUCCUGAGCGAUGGAAUGUAGCCACGGGUGACAUUGACAGCGGCCUGUCUUGGUAUGGUGGUCGUCCGGAAUUCAUUGAAUCGACCUACUACAUCUACCGCUCGACGCAAGACCCGUGGUACCUGCAUGUUGGAGAAAUGGUGCUUCGUGACCUCAAGCGCCGCUGCUGGACUCAAUGCGGAUGGGCUGGUCUGCGGAAUGUGCAAACCGGGGAAAUGAUCGAUCGUAUGGAGAGCUUUUUCUUGGGAGAGACGGCCAAGUACAUGUUUCUUCUUUUCACGCCGGACCACCCGCUGAACAAGAUUGAUGCGCCUUGGGUGUUCUCUACGGAAGGUCAUCCCUUGAUCAUUCCCAAGAAAACCACCACUAAAAGGCAGCCUUCUCGCCAGACACAAACACAAUCGCGGCCUUCCGAGGCUUCUCCCGAGAAUACCUGUCAAGCAAUCACCACGCCAAUUCUGGGUGUGUCUUUCACGGCCUCUCGACCAGACAUCUUCCACGCGGCUAGCUUGGCUCGUUUACACCUCCGGCCGCGUCGCGGCUUGUCCGAAGGUCCCAUUCUAAAGGGAACACCUGAACACCAGAGCGUGUCCGUGGCUGAUUUAUCAUCUCCGAGCAACUAUACGUUCUACCCUUGGACACUACCCCCACAGCUCGUCCCAUUUGACGCGACUAGUGCACCAAUGGUCGUUCGCCCGACAUUGGACAUCUCAUUCCCGUCUCUUCCAGGGGGUGUCAAUCUCGGAGCCGGGGCACUUGAACGAGUGCGAGACGGAAUCCUGGUCAAAUCAAUCGGAGGCCUUCGGCUGAGCAUGGUGCAAGAUGUCCCUCUCGGUCAGGCGCUCACCUCUGAAGAGGACGACGAUGGAUUCCGGGUGCAAGUGAUCAACAAUGUGCCACUUGGAAAAGAUGAGAAGGUAUACAUCUCACGCCAGAUCACCUUUGAUGUCGUCGAUCCCUAUGAUCCAAACUUCACCCGGAUUCGCGACACCUCCAUGCUUGAUCUCGUGAUUGACGUUCUACCAGACACCUCUCGCGGGCGCAAUGAUUCAACUUCUUCAGGAGAUGAACCACAUGCACCAGAACAUUCAGAACAUCAAGAAGAUCCAGAGCCUGACCUCGGCCACCGCAAGCCUGCUCCAGCCCUCAGCGACGAAAGUCCAGUCGACUCGCCCGAGUCUACCAUGAGAAGCAUGCUGUCGAGCUUUGUCAACUCUGUCUCUAGUCUACUCCGCGACGAUUCAGAUGACGCAGUCACCCCAUUACGACUCAGCCUCCCAGCAGCCAUGGCCACUGGCAUCGGCGCAGCGCCUCUACCAGAGGUCGACGACGCAGUCACAAUGUCGCUCUUCAGCAAUCCGUCCUCAACCCGCCUCACCUGGAGCAGUAUCUACUUCGCCGGUGAACUCUGCGACGAACGUCUUCUCCGCGACAUAGUACAAACGCACGAAGUCCUCGUCAUCAAAAGAGGCACCUGCACAUUCUCGGAAAAAUUGCGAAACAUCGCCGCAUUCCGCUCUACGCGCUCAUCCCUCAAGCUCGUCAUCGUCGUCUCCUACGACGACAACCAACCCCCCAGCUCGCCGCAGGAAAAUAUCAAGCGAGGCUCUGCCCCUCUGGCUGCUCUGCGCGCGGAACACACGCUGAUUAGACCGCAUCUGGACGAGAGCCAAGUUACUGCAAGCGGCAUUCCGCGCAACCAACUCAUCAGCAUGAUAAUGGUUGGCGGUGGCGAUGAGACGUAUGCGCUUUUGCAGUCUUCUGUCGGUGUUGGUAUUAAAAGGCGGUAUACCAUGCGCUCUCAGGGCGUGCCCAUUACGAAUCUGUAUAUUGUUUGA